AUGGAACGACCCGGAGGCGCGCACGAUCUGUCGACGCGCGAGUCGUCGCCGCCCGAGGUGGCCGGACCGGGGAACAAAGAGGAGAGCGCGCGCGCCGGGGACACGGGCGAGAGCCCCGGCGCGCGCGGCGGCUCCGGCGCGGACCGCGACUCGAAGCCGCGCGGCGGCGGCGGCGAGACGAGCGCGGACGCGCGGCCGUCGCUGCCGCGGUUCGAUUUUCACGACUUUCCGCGAAAGACGAAUCAGGCGCGUCCCGCGCGCCGGUUCCCGUACGACCGCGUUCGCGUGGUGAACGCCGUUCCUUAA